GGCUGAGCCGAGCUAUGUGUGAAAGGAAAUCGGGCUCUGCGUGCGACUUCACAUCUGUUGAUCUGACCGGACUUGAAGCCAUCCAAGAAGGACAGCUGUCAGCGCUGCCUGACUGAGACCCCCCAGCUGCCCCCUGACACCGCAUCACGCCACUGGCCACUCAUGCCAAGAGAGAGAAACACGUGGGACUAAACACCUGAGAGGAAUGGAUUCCUUACUUUUUUUCUCAAGGAGAAAACCAGGGAGACAGGGAGCAAACAAUUCAGUCUGAAGUCCUUGGGAAUGGGCUUGAAGAAGGCAAUUAACAAAAUCCACUUAGAGAGGGCCCAGGAUGAGACCCAGGGCCUGUGGCUUUCUGAUCAUGAGUGGAAGCAGGUCUUAACACACGUGGUUGGCAAAUGUGAGAAGGACGAAAAAGAGCUGGGUAAGCGACGACGAGCAAGACAAACUGCAGGUGAGCUGAGCAAGGAGCCCAGAGGGCAGUGAGAAAGUCAACUUGACCACAACCUGUUGCAUCUGGCAACUGUAGCAGCAUGCUUCUGAGGAAGCGGCAGCAGCAUUGGCUGUGCACACUUCCAUUCCGGCUGCUCCUGGUGAUGCUCGGAUGCAUCCUGAUGAUUGUGAUCGUGCUGCACCCACCCCCGCCCACCGUGCCCCAGGCUGCCACGGUCCCCACCAGCAAGCGCAGCGCUGAUGCUGGCUACCGCAUGGACUUUGCAGACUCCCAAGAAUGGGCCCUGGAGGCCGAGGAUGAGGGUGAGGACUACAGCUUCAUAGACGCUGUGCCGCCCUUCAUCUCCCUGCGGGAAGACCAGCUGCUGAUGGCUGUGGCUUCACCCCGAGCCAGGAGGGAGCAGAGCCAGAGCAGGAGAGGGGGCAGCUAUAGGUUCAUCAGACAGGCAAACAGGAGGCAGGAGGAGGAAGCCUCAGAGAGAGACUGGGGUACCGAGGAGGAGGAGGAUGGGGAGGUAGCAGAAGAGUCACACAGCCUGGACCCCCAGGACCUCAGCCAGGCCCACAGUGCCCACCGCCCCCCGCGGAAGGCCCUGCCUGAGGCCAGGCAUCCACUGUGUCUGCAGCAGCACCCCGAGGACAGCCUGCCCACAGCCAGCGUGAUCCUGUGGUUCCACAAUGAGCCCCGGGCCACCCUGCUGAGAACUGUGCACAGCGUCCUGGACACAGCACCUGAGGACUUACUGACGGAGAUCAUCCUGGUGGACGACUGCAGUGAGCAAGAAGAACUCAAGUCUGCUCUCAGUGACUAUGUCGCCAAACUGGAAGGUGUGAAGCUGAUCAGGAGCAACAAGAGGCUGGGUGCCAUCGGGGCCCGGAUGCUGGGGGCCACUCGGGCCACAGGGGACGUGCUAGUAUUCAUGAAUUCCCACUGUCGAUGCCACGCCGGCUGGCUGGAGCCCCUUCUCAGCAGAAUAGCAGGUGACAGGAGCCGUGUGGUAUCCCCAAUUGUAGACGUGAUCGACGGGAAGACAUUCCAAUAUCACCCUGCCCAGGAGCUGCAGCGUGGGGUAUUGGACUGGAAGCUGGAUUUGCACUGGGAACCCUUGUCAGAGCCUGAGAAGAAGGCUCAACCAUCUCCCAUCAGCCCUGUCAGGAGCCCUGUGGUAGUUGGAGAAGUGGUGGCCAUCGACAGACAUUACUUCCAAAACACUGGAGCAUAUGACCCACUCAUGGCACUGCAGGGGGGAGAAAACCUCGAACUCUCCCUUAAGGCCUGGCUGUGUGGCGGCUCGGUGGAGGUCGUGCCCUGCUCCCGGGUGGGACAUCUGUACCCCAGUCAGGAUUCCCGCACCUCCCUGGACAAGAAGGCCAUCCUAAUGAACAAGGUCCGCAUUGCUGAGAUCUGGCUUGGCUCAUUCAAAGAAACCUUCUACCGACACAGCUCAGAGGCCUUCAGGCUGAGCAAGGCUGCGACUCUCGACUUCAGGGAGCGUGUGAAGCUGCAAAGGAGCCUGGGUUGUCGGACUUUCCACUGGUUUCUGGCCAACAUCUACCCUGAGUUGUACCCAGCAGAGCCCAGACCAAAGUUCACUGGAAAGCUCCGCAACAAGGAACAUGGAUUCUGUGCAGACUGUCAGGCAGAAGGAGAUCCCCUGGGCUGUCCGGUGGUACUGGCACCUUGCAGUGACAGGAGACAACAGCAGAAGCUGGAACACAUCGGCCGGAAGGAAAUCCACUUUGGCAGCCCAACACAUCUGUGCUUCGAUGUCAGGCAAGAGCAGGUCAUUCUGCAAGACUGCACCCAGGAAGGGCCAUCCAUCCAUCCACAGCUCUGGGACUUCCAGAAGGAUGGGAUGCUUGUCCACAUUGUUUCCGGGAAGUGCAUGGACGCUCUGGUUGAGCAGGGCCGCAUGGAUUUGUUUCUGAGUCCUUGCGAGGGUAAAGCCAGCCAGAUGUGGCGGUUCGACCGUGCCCGCCCUGUGGGUGAGCGAUGAACAAGGGCAGAGAGGAGAAGACGUUUGACCAUUGUAGUUCUUUUGCCUCUAAGGGAGCUGAAAGACAUGUAGAUGUCACGAAUCAGACUCUUUUGUGUCUAUGCCCCUGGUAAUGGACAGAAGAAAGCUUUCUGAAAGAAUGUAGAGUCUCUCCUUCUUGUACCUAUCUUACAGACUACUGACUAUAUAAAACAAACAGAGCCGGGCACCAGUGGCUCAUAUCUAUAAUCCUAGCUACUCAGGAAACUGAGGUAGAGGAUCAUGGUUCAAGGCCA